AAACAAAUAUGUACAUGACGUAAUUUUUGUGUUAUGGAAGAAAUCAGCUGUUCAGACAAUACAGCACCUUUAGAAUUUAACUUAGAUACUCUAAUCGAAAGUAAAGAGGGCCUUCAAGUUGCCUUUGAACGAUGUCCCCUAUGUUCUGAGUCUAAAAGGCCAUUUCAUUGUACAAAAUGUGUGGCAAAUGGAAAGUUUAUUCAUUCAAAUGCAACUUACCCAGAUAGUUAUGAAUCGUUGCACAGAAAAUGGGACAGGACCAAGAGAGAAAGAGAUCAUGUGUUAGAAAGGUUCAAAAAAGAGACAGCUUGGCUACAAAGGCAAGAUGAGAAGAGAGCAACUAUAGAUCAGUGUAAACGUAACAUUGAACUGCUGAAACUGUCAUUGGCAGCAACCAAGGAUAUGAAAGAGAAAGAAAAGUAUGCCUUUGAAAGAAUUCGGAAAGAAAACCAAAUGCGCUAUGCAAAGGGGAAGAAGCAUAAAGAGAAGAAGAGGCUAAUUGUUGAAUAUAUAGAGAAAGUUGCAGAUACAAUUGAAAAGAAGAAAGAGAAGCUAGAUGCUCGGCAUGGGGAAUUGAUGGAACUCAGGCAAAAGCACAUAAAUGAUCUCAUUACAUAUAUAUUUCCUGUGUCAGAGGUGAAAAAUAAAGGUGACAGUAUGACGAUGGGUGCUAGUGAUGAUUUACGUGAGGCUUUGCAUGAUGCCAGUCAUAUGGCGUAUGUCAGGGGUCGUUGGAUCUACUCCAGUAGUCAGUACAGAAUUGUUGAACCUGCAUUGCCUUCACAUGGAGAAUACUCUCAAUACAAUCUCAUGGUUGCCCGUACUCGUGAAGAUGGGAGUACAGAGGCGUGUGCUCCUGGUAACCCAGGUAACAGCAUCAUUGCUGGACUGUGUUACACCUCACAACUGGUGUCUGUAGUUGCCCAUAUACUGAAUGUUAGUCUUCCAAAACGACAGUGUUACAGUGAUUUUUGUCUACAAGACUUGCCAGAGAAACAAUUUAAUGCAGCUGUAGCCCGGCUCAACAAGAAUGUUCUAUACCUGUGCUUCUCCCAGGGUGUGGAUACAGAGAAUAUAGAACCAAAACACACCCUGCAUAACGUGCUGCUGCUUUUAAGGCAUCAGCAGCUAGGAAGGGUUGGAUCAUUUGAUGUUAUACAAGACAUGAUGGACUCGGUAGAGGAUUCAAAUGGCCAAUCAGAAGAGAGUGACGAUGACCUUCCGGUUAGUCAUGAUGAACCAGAUAGUACAGAAUGGGAACGGGUUCCAGGCCCAGACAGUAUUCCUGUUCCCAUUCAGCAGGAAGCCUCAUCAAUGCAAAUAGGCUAUAUGUCGCAAGAUAUGUCAGACUCAACGCUCACUGCCAGUGGUGUGAUUUCCUCUGCAUAUAACACCGUCAGUUCAUUCUUCGCAUUCAGAAGAUGACAAAAUAUGUGUAUUUUAGACAACAUGUUUAUAAAUUAGAAAUGUGUUAACUGAAUGACAUAUUUAUAGAUUAAAGACACUAAUCAGUAAUUUUUCAGGUUGUCUUGUAGUUGUGCCUAUGUUUGUUGUUGUUGUUAUUUUUAAUAUAAAUGUGGUACUGUAUUCAUUUUAAAACAUGUUUUUAUGUACAUAUUUAAUAUGACAUUUUUAACUAGCUGUUUAAAAUCUUUAUAUUUAUUCUGCAUUACUUACAUGCAGGUGUUACAUACAGGUAUAGUCUGUUUCAAAAAUGGCAUUAACCUGAGAAUAGUAAAAUGGUGUUCAUAUUAGCAAACAUUAAGGGUAUUUGAAUAGUGUUAAAAUAAAAUAUAUGAUAUUUCAUAUAUCUGUAAAAAUCAGCUAUUCUACUGUCUGCACUGCCUGCAUGCUCAACCUGUUUAUCAGUAUCUUUUAUCACUUAUAGCUAUGUGUACAACCUUUCCUGAAUCAGACUAUAUAAUAUAUAAGUCUCAUGUUAUCCAUUGCAAUCAUCUUGAUAUUUAUUCUAUAAAUAGAUUUGUCAUUUGUUACAUGUACUUUAUAGCAUUUGGAUGAAAUUGGUUCUUAUCACAACAGCAUUUAUAUAGCUUAAAGCAUUUUAGACUUGUUUUCUAUUUUAAAUUUAUGUAAAGCAUUUAAUGCUUUUUCAUUGUUUAAUUUGAUGUGCUUUAUUCAAGGACUUAAAAGUCUUGCUUAGAGCAGUCUGCUGUUGCAUUAAUUUGGAUAAAUGUUAAGUGAAUUUGCUUGGGGAAGUAUUUAUUAAUUAUUUAGCUUUGAAGGGCUAUAUUUCAUUGGCUUAACAGAAUUUUUUGGCUUCAAUUAGAAGCUUUUACUGCAUUUUAACUUGUAUAAGCACAACAUCUUCAAGGUGAAAUAAUGUGACUGCUCACUGUCCAUCAUCUCUCAAUUAGCUUCUGUGAAUAACAUCUGCUCUAAAACCAUUUAAUUUAAGUUGAUGAAACUUGGCAUGGAUGUUUCUGAGAUUAUCCUCUACCUAAACUGUUUGUACAAAUCCAUGACCCUCUACCAAGAUUGUUCAAAGUGUUUAUAUUCAUCCAAAAACAUGGCCACUAGGGGGAAUUGUCGCUUUUUCCUAUUUGUAUAUAGUGGAAACUUAGAUGUUAGAAAGUGCUUGCCAGCAUUUAAGAUAAUUUUGCACAACUGUUUCUUUUGUGAAACACUGUUGAAAAACAGCAUCUCCUAAACCAUUACAAAGAAAACUUCCUCGGAUGUCAA